AGGCGAGUGCCAGAGGACAAGACCAGCGAAGCGCGUUCUCCUGAUAGAAUUGCUCACAAGGUACAUUCCAGCAUUCUUUCCAGUCCAGCACGCGCUCUUUAUCAGCCCAAGACACGUAUUCGAGAGCAGAGAGAUUGCGACAUUGUUGGGAAAUUAUCUGCUGCUAUUAUUGUUAUAAAUUAGGCGCGGCGGGCGCAGCAAGUAUGUUAGUCUCCUCUGCUCUUUCGCUCGCCAGGGUGAACAACCUUAACCAAGGUCGCAAACCUGACGGCCACGCGUUGCUGCCUUUUGGAUAAAAACUUUGCACUUUGGUUGGCAGAAAGUGAGACGUGUCGUUCCAAAGGGUUAUCUUAGUAAUUGCCAAAAGCAGUGAAAUGUAAAAAGAUAAAUAUUUAAUUUUAGCCAAAUAGAAUUCUCCAAAUAACGUGAGACACUAGUAAGGCCGAUGGCCAUUAUAUUUUUACGAAACUCAAAGAGGGCGUACUAAAUUUGUAAUAUUGUUUUUCGGUGUUGUUGGAAUUUUGAUUGUGAGUUCCAGCAUACUAAUAAUACUAUCAACUACAUAACUGGUGUGUUUAAUACAAAGAAACAAACAUUACUGACGCAAAUUGAGUAGAAAACGUCCUAUUGAAAGGAGCCUGAUUGCAAGUCAAUUAUUUCACCCAGAUAUUAAUUCCGAGAACGAGUUUGUUAGAAAGUAGUGUAGCGUGGGAGCGUCUUCAUCUCGCUGUGUGUGCGAUGCAUGGCAACAGUGGGUUGAGAUGGAACCGGCGGCCACGUCACUCCUGCCGCUCCAGGCCCGAUGGAAGAAAAGAAACACCACCAACGCCCCCGAGUGAUCAAGGUUUCCAGUUGAAAAAUGACAGCUCGAGAUAAUUGUUUUGUCACAUCAGAAAUCCUACCUCAUUUGGACCGCGAUGAAAAGGCCGAGUCAGUUGUGAAUUCAGAUUAUGUUGUUUCAAGAUUUCCCUUCUACACACCAGUCCUGGAAAUAAGUUCCGAGCAUAUUGUGGACGAUGACGGCGAUUUGAUUCUAGAUAGACGAGAAAAUGUCAUUUCUAUCGAGCACGGCAAGUCAACCUCACUGGACAAAGUUGGUCUUCAGGUGUGGAGAGGAGCCCUUCUGCUGGCAGACUGGGUUCUCCACAACGCAAACCUUUUGUUGAAUGCCACCGUUCUUGAACUCGGAUCAGGCACUGGUCUUACUUCCAUUGCAGCUGCCAUGGUUGCAAAAGAAGUUAUAUCAACAGAUGCAAAUAUAGGGAAAAUUUUGCCGCUCAUUGAAGCAAAUUUUAAUAGAAAUUCAGACACUCUGAGAAGCUCUUUCAAAGUGAUGGAAUUUGAUUUCUUUGCUCAAGAAUGGUCAACCGAGUUGAAAGAUGCUGUUUCAAGAACCAAUGUUGUGAUUGCAGCAGAUGUUAUUUAUGAUGACGAUCUGACCGAGGCAUUUGUGUCCACCCUUAAACGUAUCAUGAGCCAACCACCAGCUAAGACUGUAAUCAUGGCUUUGGAGAAAAGGUAUGUUUUUACUUUAGAAGAUCUCGACUCUGUUGCCCCUUGCUUUGAGCAUUUUCUGAGAUGCAUUGGAAAACCUGACUUUCCAUGGAAGUUGGAGACUGAAAGUUGUGAUUUUCCCCAAUACUUUAAAUAUGAUCGGACAAAGGAAUUGGCGCUAUGGAAAAUUUCGUCAAUGUAAUGCUAAAUAUUUUUCAGGAUUAUAUUUUGUGUUAAAUUAAAACAAUUAUCAACAUAAACUUGUGCAAUAUUU